AAUUAAAAAAAAAAAAGAAAGAAAUGGCUGAAUACAUUAAAAAAAAAAAAACAAACCUGAAAAUAGCUCUAAGUGCCACGCUUAACUGCUAGAGGAACUGCUGUGGGUUGCUAUGAAGUUAGCAAAACAUUGUUACAUCUGAGGCAGCAAUAGCAUCAUAAUUAGACCAGUAGGUUAGUGAAGUUCUAGAUGAGAAUUCCUGUCCCACUGGCAGUCAUGGCUUCAGGCAAAGACACUUGGCCUGUCUUACCUAAACUUAACAGCAACUCUUCUGAGGAGAAUUUAUAUAAGUCUGCUCAUAAGUUUGAGGCAAUUCAUUUGCCACGAUUUUCAUUAAAGCAAGAGCUCAUCCCAAGACAUUAUGUAAUGCCUUGGAAAGAAAAUAUGAAAUUCAGGAAGGUGAAUCUGAAGCAUGCGGAAGCAUGUAGGAUCCAUGCCGGCCCUUUAGAAGAUACUCUGUUUUUGAAUCACAGCGAAAGGCUUUGCCAUGGGGAGGACCGUAAAGUCGUCUUGAAGAAAGGCCCACCAGAAAUAAAAAUCGCAGAUAUGCCUUUGCAUUCACCUCUUUCCAGAUACCAAAGCACUGUGAUUUCCCUCGGCUUCAGGAGGCGACUGGUCUGAUGAAAGAAUAAAACGAUAAGAGUAUUUCAGUCUCUCCCUCUCUCUCUCCCAUAAAUGUUUAAGUCCUUGUACAUUUGUAUUUUGCCUACAGUUUAUUCAGUUUGUUCAAGGGCUAUAAGUCAACGCGUACUUUUUACAUUAUAAUAGCUUAGAAAGGAAAUAGACUUUUAAUAAGGGAACUCCUGAGCUUUACCUGUUAGAGAUAUUGUGAUAUUAUAGAAAUGUGAGGUAAAAAUUCUUCAAGGCCUCUGUAAUUAACAAAUUUCAAAUAGAGUACUUUAUCAGCAAAGGGGAGCUUAAACCCUUUGUGUAUCCUCAUCAGUACCUUGCACUUUACUGAGCCUCAGAGGAAUUUCAUCUGAUACAUAAAAUUUGGGAAAUUGAAAGAAAAAAAACAAGGGAGAACAUAUUUAAAGAGGAAAAAACUAUCUUUGCCAGGGAAAAAUUAAAAGCCAUCAUUAAAGCACCUUAGAGAGCAUAGACUUUGGAGUUAGGCUGACCCAGGUUUGAAUUCUGAC